GGUCCCUCGAACAGCAGCACCCGGUCUACGCGCGUCCCCGUCGGCUCGCACACCUGGUUCAUGCCGCAGGAGGGCACCUGGUUCAGCGGCUCCGAGCUCUCUGGGGCAGCGGGUCCUCGCGUCCUCGCCUUUUGUUUAAGUUUGAAAAGAGAAGUCUGGAAUCAAAGAAGAACAAGAGUGUCUUGCGGUGUAUGGAUAAGGAAACAUGCAUUCCAACAACAGAUACAAAGCCACCAACACGGAUAGAAGCAAGAAAAACAUAAAAGGAAAAACAUGGGCUCACUUGAAGACGGCGCCAUGUCAGGAUGACGUCUUCACCCCCAGAAAAGCGGAGACGGAGGAGAACUCAGCGGAGGAGAGGGACCAGUGUACGGCCCUCGGGAAGGCCUUGUACAACCUGACCCAUUCGGAGAAGGUGAUGGAUGAUCUGGUAUUUGGACGCCGGGUGGGGCUCUACGAGCUCAGAGGGGAGAUCGGAUCUGGCAACUUCUCCCAGGUUAGAUUGGGAAUACAUGACCUGACCAAAGAAAGAGUGGCUGUGAAAAUCCUGGACAAGGUGCGCCUGGACAAAUGUUCCCAGGCUCUUUUCGCCUCUGAAAUCGCUUGCAUGGAGAAGCUGGCCCACCCCAACGUAGUGCGCCUGUACGAAGUGGUGGAAACGUUCAAGCGACUCUACCUGGUGAUGGAGUACGCCAGCGGAGGGGAGCUGUUCUCGCACAUCACCACCAGGGGGCGCAUGUCGGAUCUGGAGAGCAAGCUUGUAUUUUCACAGCUCAUAUCUGCGGUCAGACACAUGCAUGACAGAAAUAUAAUCCACAGGGACCUGAAGGCUGAGAAUGUCUUCUACACCAGCACCUACUGCGUCAAGGUGGGGGACUUUGGUUUUAGCACGUACUGUUGCCCCGGCGAUGUCCUCCGCACGUUCUGUGGCUCUCCGCCUUAUGCAGCUCCCGAGCUGUUCAAAGACAAAGGCUACGUUGGUCAGUAUGCAGACAUGUGGGCGCUUGGCAUUCUGCUCUACUUCAUGGUGACUGCUACGAUGCCGUUCAAAGCUACAAACACGGGCAGGCUUAAGUGCUGCAUCCUGCAGGGCUCUUACACCAUACCCACCUACGUGCCACAGCCGUGCCAGGAGAUUAUUAAAGGCCUCUUGAGGCCGGUGCCCGUGGAUCGCCUCACUGCAGCCAAGAUCAUGUCCAGUGAGUGGAUGAGAGGGGUUGAAUGCCCUCAGGCCUACCCAGCGUGCCGAGCCACGCCCUCCCAUCUGAUCGAGCCCAACUGCAUCCUCACCUCGGAUGAACUAAAUGUGAAGGAAGCGCUGGAGGAUCUCGGCAUCACAAAGGCCCACAUUGUCAACAGUGCAAACUUGAGAAGCCCCAUCACGGGAACAUAUCGGAUUUUACUCCAUCGGAUUCAGAAGAGGAGAUCGGUGGAAGCCGUGGGUUACAUCCAGACCUGCACCAGAGAGUCUCGGCGCAGACUCGGAUGGAAAGCCGGAUCAGAUGGCACGCUCAACAAACGCCACUCUGUGGUCUGUGUUAUCAUGUAGCUUUGUUUGUUGCAGAAACUUGGGGAAAUUUACUUGUGAGAGUGAGACAAAGAAGAUAAAUGACAUUUCUUUCAUAUCUCUGCAUCAAGCGUGAAAUAUUAGUGAGAGAACUAAACGUACUGUAUACCAGCACCUCUUAAGCUCAACGUGUUGUGUCCUGCGUCUGUCCAUACACAAACAAUAAUAUCAAAUCUCAGUGUGGUUUUAGGAAGCAGCUGUCCUGUUGGCGAGCUGAAGUUUAUAAAGAGAGCAGAACGUGGUUUCAUCUAGCCAUGAAGCGAUGAGUCCCAUCCACGCAAGCAGAAACGGUAGCGAACCCUGUGACCGCAUUUGGCACUCGUUUGUUACCAUAACUUCCAUGUACUUCAGAGUGAGAUCUGCAUUUAAAACAAGCAUGAAAGACAUUCCUGGCAUGUGGACUGACAGUGACCCAGCAAGUGCUCUUCCAGUAAGAAACACAAAUGUGGAAAUUUCAAAAGCACCUCAAGGGUUUUUUUUUUUCGCUAUUUGUAGAUGAGUCAAAUUGGAACGCUAACAGGGGAAUAACAUUUUAUGUCUGGUUGUCUGGUUUUGCCAUCGUCUCCUUGAUAACAUGUCUUUGAUCGAGUAAAUGGCAACUUACCGUUGCAUGUUUAGAGUUUUUAUCGCUCUCCUGCUGGAACCUUGAUAUCUUAAGCUUGAUCUAUUAGUUUUGGACAAAAGGUAUGAGGCGAAGCUGACUUAUUAUUAAUGAUAACCUCUCAAUAAAUUAGUGAGACUUGCUCAUUUUCAUGCUUCCCUUGCAAAGAGAACCACUGUUGUUUUUAGUGAUGUUUUAUGAAAAGAACCUUUAUUGUAUCAUUUCUUUCUCACCACGUACAGUAUAUUUGAUGUCAAA